AUGGAGCACUCACAGCCAAUAUUCCGUGUGUUGAUGAUUUUAGUGUUGUGGACGGUGGUAACAGCAGCGUUCAUAGGGAUCGCUGAGGGCCAUCGCCACCACCGGCGGGCAGGUGGUGCGACGGAGCUAGAAGCCUUCCACUACGCAGCGGCAGGGGCAAGAGGAUGCCGGGCCCAUGUGGCCAGCCUGACGGACUUCGGCGGGGUGGGCGACGGGGUGACCUCCAACACGGCGGCCUUUGCGGUGGCCGUGGCCAACCUCAGUAAGGUGGUGUACGACGACGGCGCGAUGCUGGUGGUGCCGGCCGGCCGGUGGCUCACCGGGCCCUUCAACCUCGCCGACCACUUCACCCUCUUCCUCGACCACGACGCCGUCAUCCUCGCCACUCAGGUGUUGAUGAUUUUAGUGCUGUGGACGGUGGUAACAGCGGCGUACAUAGGGAUCGCUGAGGGCCAUCACCACCACCGGCGGGCAGGUGGUGCGGCGGAGCUAGAAGCCUUCCACUACGCGGCGGCGGGGGCAGGAGGAUGCCGGGCCCACGUGGCCAGCCUAACGGACUUCGGCGGGGUGGGCGACGGGGUGACCUCCAACACGGCGGCCUUUGCGGCGGCCGUGGCCAACCUCAGUAAGGUGGCGUACGACGGCGGCGCGAUGCUGGUGGUGCCGGCCGGUCAGUGGCUCACCGGGCCCUUCAACCUCGCCGACCACUUCACCCUCUUCCUCGACCACGACGCCGUCAUCCUCGCCACUCAGGAUAUCAACGAGUGGCUGAUCAUUGACCCUUUGCCCUCCUACGGUAGAGGAAGAGAUGCGGCUGGGGGUAGAUACAGUAAUCUCAUCAUGGGAUAUAACCUAACCGAUGUGGUCAUAACAGGGAAUAAUGGAACUAUCGAUGGACAACGUGAAUCCUGGUGGAAAAUGUUCGGUAACAAAGAACUCAAUUACACUCGUGGAUACCUCAUUGAAUUGAUGUACUGCAAACAAGUGCUGAUUUCCAACAUUACAUUGGUUAACUCUCCAUCGUGGAAUGUCCAUCCAGUGUACAGCAGCCACGUAAUCGUCUCAGGCAUCACAAUUCUUGCACCGGUCAACUCUCCCAACACUGAUGGGAUCGAUCCAGACUCAUCCUCCAAUGUCCGCAUUGAGGACUGCUACAUAGUCUCAGGCGAUGACUGCAUCGCCAUUAAAAGCGGUUGGGAUGAGUACGGGAUUGCAUUCAACAUGAUCAAGACGACCAUCGGAAGGGGAGCUUACGUGAAGGACAUAUUCGUGAGAAGAAUGAAUCUGCACACAAUGAAGUGGGUCUUCUGGAUGACGGGCACCUACGGGCAGCACCCGGACGACAAAUUUGAUCCGAAAGCCAUUCCGGUGGUGCAGAAUAUCAGUUACAGCAACGUGGUGGCCGAGAACGUGACCAUGGCCGCGAAGCUGGAGGGGAUUCCCGGCGCGCCCUUCACCGGAAUAUGCAUCUACAAUGUGACGGCGGAGGUGGUGAAGUCGAAGAAGCCGAUUUGGAACUGCACCGACGUGGAGGGCGUAUCGAGUCACGUGACGCCCACUCCCUGUGCGCAGAUUCCGGAAUAUCCAGAUCGUAUAACGCAUUGCCCCUUCCCUGAAGAUGAUCUACCUGUGAAUGGUGUUGGGCUAGAGGAGUGUGCUUAUCAGAGAGCCAAACCAUGA